GGUGGCUGCAGCUGCCACUAUUCACGGGGCGAACUUGGCAGAGCAGGGAGGCACAGAAGGGCAGGGGUGUGUAAGGACGGCCGCGGGUGUAUUUGGCGGCGGGAAGGAAGACCUCGAAACUUGUUCCUCCUACUUGGGGAUUGUAAUUUUUUUUCCGGUGACGGAUUCCGGAAAUACUCGGCGUCUCCGUUUUCGAGAUUUUCUGGCUCUUGUCGGUUGAUUUCGUAGCUUGAAAUGCAUGGUCAUGGAGGCUAUGACUCUGAUUUUAGUGAUGAUGAACGUGAAGAGUCGAGCAAAAAGAAAAAACGGAAAAUUGAAGAUGAUUUAUUACUACAAAAGCCAUUUCAAAAAGAAAAGCAGGGAAAGGUGGCUAGUAAGCAAGUUGCAGCAGAACUGCUGGAUAGGGAAGAAGCAAGAAAUAGAAGGUUUCAUCUCAUAGCUAUGGAUGCUUAUCAAAGGCAUACAAAGUUUGUAAAUGACUAUAUUUUAUACUAUGGGGGCAAAAAAGAAGACUUCAGGCGUUUGGGGGAAAAUGACAAGACAGACUUAGAUGUUAUACGAGAAAAUCAUAGAUUCCUACGGAACGAAGAGGAUGAAAUGGAGAUGACUUGGGAGAAGAGACUUGCAAAGAAAUACUAUGAUAAAUUAUUCAAGGAAUAUUGCAUAGCAGAUCUCAGUAAAUACAAAGAAAAUAAGUUUGGAUUUAGGUGGCGAGUAGAAAAAGAAGUAAUUUCAGGAAAAGGGUUAUGCCAAGAAUGUUCCUUUAAAUUAAAUUUCCACCAUAGGAGAAAAGAAAUCAAGUCUAGCAAAAGGAAGGCCAAAACCAAAAAAGGCUAUGAAGAGUCAUCAGACAGAAAAUCCAGGUUGUCUCCAGAAGAAGCUUCUAAGAAGAAAGAUAAAGGACAUGCAUCCUCAAAGAAACCAGAAGAUUCUAUAAACAAAAACUGUGAUGAGGAAGAAAGUCCUUCAGAGUCUGAGCUGUGGAAGGGUCCACUACCAGAAACAGAUGAAAAAUCACAGGAAGAAGAAUUUGAUGAAUAUUUUCAGGAUUUGUUUCUAUGAGACAGGAGAGAAAAACCUGCAUUCCUUAAUGUGAAAGCUCACUUUUAAAUUUCAUAAAACUGUUAUCUACAAAUUGCAAACUUGAAUGGUUUGUCUUUGGGAAUAAAAAUAUAGCCACUCUGAGGAUGUCA